UAUUGCGUCAACGUGUUGUAAGCUUAGCCACAUUUCUUUGUUUCCAGUUCAGAUAAAGUUGCACGCAGUCGCUUCGAUAAGCUAAGCUCCUGUGCGAAAUUUGCGUCUAUUUCCUGUUUCUGAUCUACUUUCCAUAUUUUAUCCUGAACAGUAACCGUGUUGCGUAUUUCAUUUUCCUUAAAUUUGCAAUUGCAUUCUGUUCCCUUAUUUUCUGAAUUGCACGUUUUUUGUAUAUCUGAAUUGAAGCAUAAGAAACAAGUUAGUCACUCCUUUUAAACAGAAUUUACACCGACUUUACGCCUCAAAUUUUUGGUCCAAAUAUUUAGUUUUGAUCAAAAUUUAAUUGACCACUGGUGUCGGACAUACUACAGGAAACAAGCAAAUCAACAUUUGUUCAUCGGGUUUCACAAAGAGAGUAACGACUCCGUUUUCCCAAAUUUUUCAAAUCUAAAAUUGAAAUCUACCGGAAAAAUAAGUAAGAAUGGAUCAAACUUUGGAUCAAGUCGUCAAAUCGAAAAACAUCAGAUUCAACGGAAAGAUGGUUGGCACUGGGCAGCAAAAGAAGCAGUUCAAUAAUCAGAAUCAGGGUGGCGGAAAAAUGUUCUUCCAGAACCGAAAACAGGGCUUCAACCAGAUGCGACCAAAAGGUAAUGUUGUUCGAAGCUUCGGCGGGUUCGGAGGCAUGAAGCGUCAACAGUUCAGACGACCUGGCUUCGGAAACAACAUGUACCAGCGUCAGAACCAACAAGGCGGUAUGAUGCGACAGAACUUCAACCCAAUGCGACGAAACUUCAACAAUUUCAACAACGGCGGGUUCCAACAGCGAAACCAGGGAUUUGUCCAGCAAGUGCAACAAUUCAGAAGGCAACCUUUUAACAACAAUCCAUUCAUGGGAACUCAAAUGAGAUAUAACAACAGACCUCAACAACAGCAGAUGCAACAGAAUCAGAAUCGCUCAUUUGGUAAUAACAUGAUGAACAAACCACAAACCCCGCCAACCAAGCUGUACAUCUCGAACUUGGAUUUCGGAGUCACCAACACCGAUCUGAAAGAGCUGUUCUUCGAAUUCGGUCCAAUGGUCAGAUACGGGGUCAAUUUUUCGGCAGCCGGACGAUCAGUGGGAUCCGGAGAAAUAGUCUUCAGGAACCAUAUCAGCGCCGUCAAAGCUUACCAGAAGUACAACGGAGUCACCCUCGAUGGCCGACCAAUGAAGUUGGAAGUAUCAGGUGGGCCUCAGCAACAACAGAGAACUCAACAGAUGCAGAAUAGACCGCAGCAGCAACAGGGUCAGCAGUUCAGACCCAAAAUGCAAAUGCGAGUGUCUCCUAUGAAGCGACUGAUGAACAACCGACCGGGUAUGAUGAUGAACAAACAAUUCGGAAAGUUCAACAAGAAGCCAGGGGGAAUCGCAAAUCAGCUGGUCAACAAGGCCAAGUUCAACAUGAUGAAGAAGGGACAGAUGGGAGGCAAGAAGCAGAUGAUGAUGAAGGGAACGCCAGAUGCCAGCCAACUGGACGCUGAUCUGGAGGCCUACGCCAACAGUAAGGAUUAAGUAUCUGCUAUAGGUGUAAGAGUUCUCGUCCAAGAAUUCUUAUGCUAGCUAGCGGGCACAUUUGUCCUAAGACUGUUGUUAGGUCCCCUCAGUCCUAUUCCCACUGACAAAAUUUCAAACUGAGAUCUCAUCUUGACUCGAACCUUUCCACUUCCUUCGUGCAUGUUUUAGUUUUUGUUAUAAAAUCGUCGACACGUUCGGUCGCUCUUGAAAUUUUUUGAUUUUAAGAGUUUUCCGAUUUUUAAAUCGUUCUUCAACCUCUUGAUCAAAAGGUUCAAUCGAUUGUUCGAAGGUUGAUUUCAAAGUUAAAUUAUUGGAGAUAUUUUUGUGAUUUUCAAUAGAAACGAUUUAUUGUGUUGACUCAACUGAAUAUAUGCUUCUUUUGCUAAAAAAUUGAACUGUAUUAUUCUGA